GAACUAAAGGCUGAGUCCGAGGCCAAAAUUCGAGAUGCCAUGUUCUUCCAGAUAGCAUCUGAUGGUUGGAAGUUAAAGAAUAAUGGUCUUUAUGGGGUUGACGAUUUUGUGAAUUUGACAGUGAAUCUUCCCCAUGGGACUAGUGUGUUUAGGAGGGCAGUUUUUACCAAUGUUUACGUCACACCUAAAUAUGCUGAAGAGGUUUUAUGGGAAACCAUUACUGAAAUUUGUGGAAGCUCAGUGCAGCAAUGUGUAGGCAUAGUUUCAGACAAGUUUAAGGCUAAGGCAUUAAGGAAUUUAGAGGAUCAGCAUCCUUGGAUGGUUAAUUUUUGCUGUCAAUACCAAGGUUUCAAUAGUCUGGUUAAGGAUUUUGGUAAAGAGCUUGCGUUAUUCAAGAAUGCGACUGAGAGGUGUGUGAAAUUGGCGAAUUUUGUUAACAAUAAGUCUCAAAUUCGACAUAGUUUUCAUAAGUAUCAAUUGCAGGAAUAUGGGCAUGCCCAUUUGUUGAGAGUACCCCUGCGCGGUUAUGAAAGAUCAGAUUUCGGUCUAGUGUACACCAUGGUAGAAGACAUAUUGUGUUCUGCACGGGCGCUUCAGUUAGUAUUCUUGGAUGAAGCAAACAAGAGAAUGUUAAUGGAGGAGCCAAUUGCAAGAGAAAUCGAAGAAAUGAUGAGGAAUCCACAUUUUUGGAAUGAAUUAGAAGCGAUAAAUUCGUUAGUUAAAUUGGUGAAGGCAAUGGCUCAGGAGAUUGGGAUGGAGAAGCCGCGAGUUGGGCAAUGCCUUCCACUUUGGGAAGAGCUUAGGGUGAAAGUAAAGGAUUGGUGUUCUAAAUUUCACAUUGUUGAAGGACCCGUAGAGAAGGUGAUCAACAGGAGGUUCGAAAAGAAUUAUCAUCCAGCUUGGGCUGCUGCUUUCAUACUUGACCCGCUUUAUUUGAUUAGGGACAGUAGUAGGAAAUACUUACCACCCUUCAAAUUUUUGACAUCUGAACAAGAGAAGGAUGUUGAUAAGCUCAUAACCCGCCUUGUAUCUCGGGAGGAGGCGCACAUUGCACUUAUGGAGUUGAUGAAGUGGAGAACAGAA